AUGGGCUUCCAACUGACAGGAAAGACCAUCUUGGUGGCGAGCGUUCUCACACUGACUACAAGCUCGCAGGGCCUGCUGACCACAGCAUCGAAGAGCAAUGGGAGCUACAGGUACAACUUUGCCACGGUGCCGCUGCUGGCGGAGAUGCUGAAGCUGCUCAUCAGCAGCCUGCUGCUGCAGCGCCAGAAGCAGACCAGCCCAGAGGCCGCGCGCAUCACCCGCCAUUGGCGGACCGCAGCGCUGUUCCUGGUGCCCUCCAUCAUCUACUGGCUGCACAACAACGUGCAGUUCGUCACGCUCAAAUUCGUGGACCCGGCCACGUACCAGAUCAUGGGCAACCUGAAGAUUGUGACCACGGGGCUCCUGCUUUGGGCAUGCCUCAAACGCCAGCUCACCCUCCUGCAGUGGAUGGCCCUGGCACUUCUCAUGAUCGGUGCCACAGUCAGCCAGUUAAAGACCGGGUGCGACACGACGUCCCUGCUUGCAGCUCCAGUAGCGGGGUACCUGUUUGGGGUGCUGAGCGCGUUCCUGUCGGCGAUAGCGGCAGUGUACACGGAGUGGAUCAUGAAGCGCAACUCGGACUCGCUGUACUGGCAGAACAUGCAGCUGUACAGCUUUGGCGUGGCCUUCAAUGCGCUCGGCCUCACUCUUGGGGACUUGCAACAGGGGUUUGAGAAGGGCGUGUGGGUGUUCACGCUGUUCCAGGGGUAUGAUUGGGUGACGGUGCUGGUGGUUGCCAACCUGGCCUUCAGCGGGCUGCUGGUGUCCUGGGUUAUGAAAUUUGCUGACUCCAUUCUGAAGGUGUAUGCCACCUCGAUGGCGAUGCUUGUUACUGCGGUGGUUUCAGUCAUAUUCUUUGACCUGGCCCCCAGCUUGCAGCUGGUGCUGGGCAUUUUGACGGCGAGCAUAUCUCUUGUAUUGUACUAUAUCACCCCAUCGGUACUUGUGGAAACGCGAUCAGCCAGACUUCCCAAGUAG